AUGGAGGAGGGAAAUGGCCAAUUUCCACUCCACAUCCAGACUGGUGACGGAGAAUACAUUGUUAAGGAAGAGGAGGAUCUCUCCAGCCCUACCAGUCCUGACUACUACACUUCACCUGAUGGAGCCUUUGACCGUGGUGUGCGGCUGAAACGGCGGCGACGCUGUGGACAAUGUGGACCCUGUCAGGUGAAGGAGAAUUGUAACAAAUGUCACUUCUGUAUCAGAAGGGAUGUCCUUAAACAGACUUGUAUGUACCGUAAGUGUGUUUACCUACGGUCUAAGCCGAAGCCAUACUCUCGACCUAAAGAGACACCUCUUGCAUCAUCAGCUGCCAGUGUUCUUUCCCCGAAUUCUCAUGAGGGUCAUGGUGAUUUGGUCUCUCCAUCUGGUUCUGGAACAAGCAGGUUUCUUGAUGGUCCUUCUCCACCAAAUAGGAGUGAUGUCGCCAAACCAAUAAUGCCUCCAAAAUUAUCUGAUCAUUUCCCUUAUCCAAUUGGGCAAGGAUUUCCCUCAUUUGAGCCUAUAAUACGACCUCAAGGGCCAUGUUCUGCCCCUCCAGCACCAGGACACAAUUCCCACAGAAUCCCUACAACUUCUCCCGCUAUUCCCACAUCCGUGAUUGGUCCAAUGGUGCCAGGAGUGCCAGGUCUAGUGGACCAACCAUCGUUGUCUCAUAAUCACCAGAUAGUCAUGCCUCCUCCGCCAACAAUAAAUGACUUUAAUGAGAGGACUUUUAAUGAAUUUAGGAGUCAACACAUGCUUGGCAUGCCACAUAAUCAAGUCCACUCCACACCACAUCCGUUUGGGAUAAAGGAUCCACAAGAACUCUCAGAUGUGCACUUCCCUCCAUACGGUCGACCAGAUUCACAGAGGACUCCGGCUGGAGCUUCAUCUUGUGUAUAUCCUCAUGGUAUAGCACCAACCAUAUCUGCUACUGGGUUUAACAGUUCAGUGGACAGUACUUCUGUACUAGGUUCUCUUGACCGACAAACACGAGCAUUCUUUCCUUCACACAAUACAGACAUGUUUCGACAUUUUCCUCCUCUACCUCCAGGCUAUGCCUAUCCCUCGGGACGAUAUGGUCAGAAUUUCACAUCGCCUCAUUACCCCCGUUUUGGGUCAAUGGGGAUGCCACCUCCACCUCCUCCGCCGCCCCCAAAUUUGGGCCUGAAGCCUCAGGGUGGUCACACCCAGCCCUGGGGCUUCACUCAAACAUAUUCCAGCUGUGAGCAAUCUAAUGGGUGUCCAAAAAACGGGUGUUGUCCUCCUGCGUCCCAGAAUUUGGGUUCGGAUGCCCAAGUGAUGCAGGAGAUAUAUGGAAAUGUCCUCAGCUCUAGGAUACCUAUGGAUUGCUCUCCAUCUCAACGGAGACCAGGGUCUGCUAUGAGCGACGAUUCCGGCAGGAUGAGUAUGACAUCAUCAGAUUUUGAAUCUGAUGUCAUUAGUAUUGAUGAUUUUCAGAUGAAUGCUUUAAUACGUUCUGAUGGAAGCAACAGUCUACAAAUUGAAAUUGGGAAUUCUGGGAUACUGACCAAGCAUGACAGCCCUGUCAAAAAAGGUAAAAGUAACAAAUUUAAUAUGGAAUCCAUUCUUGCAUCAUCUUUACAAAAUCUUACCUCUUCUCCUGAUGAAUGUGAAACUGCAGAUGGUAACACAAUCAACAGGAAGUGCACAAUCAAUGGGACAGUGUAUGUAAAGCAGGAUCUCGGGGACAGUGGAGUGGUCCAACUGGAAAUACCAGGUAACAAAGUCACCUUGGAGAACAGCUACCUGGAUGACAAGUUGGCACGAUACUCUAGCAAUGUUGAAGAACUGCUAGAGUUUAUAAGAAAGGAACCACAAACUGAGUUUUUAAGGGAUAAUUAA